AGAUUUUAUGAAAUUAAAUAUAAAACAGCACACAACAUGACAAAAUUCAUUAUUAUUCUUUUGAGGGUGGCUAGGAUGCUGAAGCAUAUUGUUUUGUUUACUUUUUUCCCAUUAGAUCUUAAGUCUUUUAAAGAGUCCUCAAUGUCUUUUUAUGUAUGUAAGAACAGGAAGUGUGAGGGGCAAAGAAAUUGUUUGCUUCUGUCAAAUCUCACUAAGAUCUUGAUCCACCUAUAUUUGCUAGUGCAGUGGGGAAACAUUUUUGCCACAAGUCUGCAGAGUUGAAGUAUUUAAAACAAAACACAAGACCACAUGUUUCACACUUAAAAGCAUAAUAGACUGUAGCUGAAGGGUGAGGUGGGGUGGGGUGAGGUGAGAUGAGGUGAGGUGGUUUAACAAGCUAUGGAGUUUUAAAUAUCUCUGAUACUAAGUGCAAUGGCUGCAAAAAUAACUCCAGAGAAACAUGACAUGACCUAAAAUAAAAAGAGUCUCUUAACUAAGCAAUGCAAAGAAUCAUUUUAACAAAAUCCAACUUUGCUUAUACUGUGUAAUAUCUGAACAUUGACACACUAACCCUUGUGGUUGGUUCACUUUUUAUUUUUAGUUGUGAAGUGCCCUUACAGGGUCCACCCUAAGGGCUAUUAUCUUUCACACAGUGGGAAGAGAGCAGCUCUGAAAUGUCAUGUAAUGGAAGUAUUUUCUCUCUAUUGAACACAAACACAUUAAUUAGAAAUAUUCARUAUAGAUACACUGUUUUUUUUAACAUUGGCUGUGAAUUAUAGCUCUAAGUAUCACUGUAUCCAUUCACUCAUUCAUUCAAUAAUUAUUCAUCUGAUACUUAUCUAGGCAUCAGGAUAUAACCUUAAAAGGGGCAAUCACUCUGUCCUCAAAAUUUUUGCACUCUCAAGAGGAAGAUUGAUAAUAAUUAAACGAAGAACCAAAACCAUUGUUUUGACAGAGUUGAAUGCUGUAAAGAAGUAAGGCCAAAUCUUUAUAGAGCAGACUGUGGCUGUUUUAGAUGUGUGGUCAGAACAGCGUUCUUUGCAGAAGUGAUAUCUGAGCUGAGACUUAACGGACAAGAAGAAAUCAGCAGACAAAAUACCAAGAAGGAACAACUAGUUCUUUUGCAACGGAUAUGCAAAUGAAUGGUUAACAAUGUCRUAUGGAAUUUGGCACUUUCAGGAACAGCUAGGAGGCCUCUGUAGCCAAAGCAUGGUGAGCAUGUAUUGAUAAGGUCCUUCCUAGAGUUAGGUAAGGAGUUUCACUUUUAUUCUAAUUAAAAUUGGUAUUCAUUUGAAGUUUUAAAGCGGGGUGGGAAGUAAAAGGUGUAAGACAAUUGACAUUUUAAAAUACGAUAUUGCACUUCGAUUUCAUUUCUCUGAACCCAAUUUCUAAUUCUGGUGUUGGUCGAAAAACAUCCUGGCCCUCCGUCCCUGUUUGCCCUCGCCUAGGCUUGUUUGCACCCGACGCCCKGCUGUUGACAGCCUCAGAGGACUGCGUGACAGUUGGCAGGCGCAGUGAKGUGCAUCCGGAGCCAAGUCGCUGCAGGGGCCAGAGCUGCGGGAGGGGAGGAGGGAAAGGAGCGGUGGCUGCGCCUUGGGAGGGGGGAGGCCUUUGCCGCGAGGGUGGAGGCGAUGCGCACUCGGAGAGAGGGAUGAGGAAGAGGGCGGAGAAGAGUUUCCCCGGGGUUCACRGGUCCACCGACGAUUCUGUCUCGAAGGCUCACCAGAGCUGCCGGGAUUUGGCAUUGGAAACAAUGGAGACUCGGGGCUGGAGACAAUGGCGCGAGUGUUGGGGGACAGGAGAGACUAGGAGAGCGUCUUCGGCCUAGCGCCGCAGGGCCUGGCCCAAGGCCCCAGAGACAGCGCCCCAGGGAACCGCAGGUGUUGAUUUAGAGCUGAGAUCAGGCGAGCGGCUGCCCACAACCUGCGGCGCCUGGGGCCCGGCCGGGAGAUCCGGCGCCGGGUUUUUUUAUCCGCCCGCAUCUUGAGGCCGCGCCUAGAGCCGCCAGYUUGCGGACGCGACCCCGAGCGCUGUGGGGUCCGUGGGCGUCCCCGCCCUCACUUCGGUCUCCUAGCCAGCGAGAUUCAACUCUGGGACAACUCUGCAAUCGGCGGGCAGCUCUGCGGAAAAGACCCACAUCACUCGCUCCUUUGGCCUCUAAGCGAUUUGCCUSGGGCCAGUCUCCCUGGAAACCGACGUUUCGCGGUCCGAAGAGUGACUUUUCCUCCUCAGGAUCCUGCUCUGCCUUCAGAUCUCGACUUCAGUGACACGUCCUCAGCGAGGCCUCACAUCACCAAGCCAACUGAAUGAACGACCCACUCCCUCUCCAUCACAUCAUCCUGACUGAAUGCGCGGUGGGGCACUGAUUUUACUCUCGCGUGUCUUCUGCGUUUGUUUAUUGUCUGUCUUUGGAAUGUCCUCUCCACAAGGGCGGGGCGGUGCUUUUCUGGCGCAGAGCCGGCCUAGCGGCGCCCAGGAACUCAAGGGCCUCCACGUUGGCUGAAGAAGUGAGCUAGCUUCGCGGUUAGGGAACGCUGCGGCCGCUGGCACUUCUGGAAGGGGCGGGGCGGGGCUCGCGCUGGCCCCGCCCCGGCCGCUCUUUCCCCGCCUCUCCCUGAAGUCCUCCGAGGGUUGAGCUGAAGCUUCGGGCUCCGGCCUCCCUGGCUCUUUCUGCAGCCGAAGCGAAAACCCGGAACGGCGGAGCGGCGCCGCCCCACGCGGCACCUCCCCGGCAACCCUCAAGGCCCCGCUGGGCAUGCUCAGUCAACAGGGCCGCUUCAGCUCUCGGAGUAGGAAGCUCGGGCGCUCCGGCUAUAAGGAGCCGCAGCGGGGGGGAAAAUGGAGCCCUUCACCAAUGAUCGACUUCAGCUCCCCAGGAAUAUGAUUGAAAAUAGCAUGUUUGAGGAAGAGCCAGAUGUGGUGGACUUAGCCAAAGAACCUUGUUUACAUCCUCUAGAGCCUGAUGAGGUGGAAUAUGAGCCCCGGGGUUCCCGACUGCUGGUGCGAGGUCUUGGUGAACAUGAGAUGGACGAGGAUGAAGAGGAUUAUGAGUCAUCUGCAAAACUACUGGGCAUGUCCUUCAUGAACAGAAGCUCAGGCCUUCGGAACAGUGCAGCUGGCUAUAGGCAGAGUCCAGAUGGGGCCUGUUCAGUACCCUCUGCAAGGACCUUGGUGGUCUGUGUUUUUGUCAUUGUGGUUGCUGUCUCUGUAAUCAUGGUGAUUUACCUACUGCCUAGAUGUACCUUUACCAAAGAAGGCUGCCAUAAAAAAAAUCAGUCAAUGGAACUAAUUCAGCCAGUUGCAACAAAUGGGAAGUUAUUUCCAUGGGCACAAAUUAGGCUUCCCACUGCCAUUAUGCCACAGCGCUAUGAACUUCACCUACACCCAAACCUAACCUCAAUGACUUUCAGGGGUUCUGUGACAAUUUCAGUUCUGGCUCUUCAGACCACAUGGAAUAUCAUUCUUCAUAGCACAGGUCAUAAUAUUUCAAGAGUGACUUUUAUGUCAGCACUUUCAAGUCAAGAAAAAGAAGUUGAAAUCCUGGAAUAUCCAUAUCAUGAGCAAAUUGCCAUUGUUGCCCCUGAAGCCCUUCUAGCAGGACACAAUUAUACCAUGAAGAUAGAAUAUUCAGCGAAUAUAUCUAGUUCUUAUUAUGGGUUUUAUGGUGUCAACUAUACAGAUGAAAGCAAUGAGAAAAAGUACUUUGCAGCAACUCAGUUUGAACCCCUGGCAGCAAGAUCUGCUUUUCCUUGCUUUGAUGAACCAGCAUUUAAGGCCACAUUUAUCAUCAGGAUCAUAAGGGAUGAGCAAUACACUGCUUUAUCAAAUAUGCCUAAGAAGUCAUCAGUCCUUAUGGAAGAUGGACUUGUUCAGGAUGAGUUUUGUGAGAGUGUGAAGAUGAGUACUUACCUGGUUGCUUUCAUUGUGGGAGAGAUGAAGAACCUGAGUCAGGAUGUAAAUGGAACCCUGGUUUCGAUAUACACUGUGCCAGAAAAGAUUGGUCAAGUUCACCAUGCCUUGGAAACAACUGUGAAGCUUCUUGAGUUUUAUCAAAACUAUUUUGAAAUUCAAUAUCCACUUAAAAAAUUGGAUUUGGUGGCCAUUCCUGAUUUUGAAGCAGGAGCAAUGGAAAAUUGGGGUUUGAUAACCUUCCGAGAAGAGACUCUUCUGUAUGACAAUAAUACUUCUUCGGUGACAGAUAGAAAACUGGUCACUAAAAUCAUUGCUCAUGAACUGGCCCAUCAGUGGUUUGGUAAUCUGGUAACAAUGCAGUGGUGGAAUGACCUAUGGCUAAAUGAAGGUUUCGCCACUUUCAUGGAGUAUUUUUCUUUGGAAAAAGUAUUCAAAGAGCUCUCCAGUUAUGAAGAUUUCUUAGACGCUCGAUUUAAAACCAUGAAGAAAGAUUCGUUGAAUUCAUCUCAUCCAAUAUCAUCAUCUGUUCAGUCUUCAGAACAAAUUGAAGAGAUGUUUGAUUCUCUUUCCUAUUUUAAGGGAGCUUCCCUCUUGUUGAUGCUGAAAACUUAUCUUAGUGAAGAUGUAUUUCAACAUGCUAUCAUUCUUUACCUGCAUAAUCAUAGCUAUGCAUCUAUUCAAAGUGAUGAUCUCUGGGAUAGUUUUAAUGAGGUUACAAACAAAACACUAGAUGUAAAGAAAAUGAUGAAAACAUGGACCCUGCAGAAAGGGUUUCCUUUAGUGACUGUUAAAAGGAAAGGAACAAAACUUUUCAUACAGCAAGAGAGAUUCUUUUUAAAUACGAAGCCUGAAAUUCAGCCUUUAGAUACAAGUUACCUGUGGCAUAUUCCAAUAUCCUAUGUCACUGAUGGAAGAAAUUAUUCAAAAUAUCGAUCAGUAUCACUACUGGACAAGAAAUCAGAUAUCAUCAAUCUUACAGAACAAGUACAGUGGGUCAAAGUCAAUACAAACAUGACUGGCUAUUAUAUUGUACAUUAUGCAGACGAUGACUGGGCAGCACUAAUCAAACAGUUGAAAAUAAAUCCUUAUGUACUGAGUGACAAAGACCGAGCCAACCUCAUCAACAGCAUCUUUGAACUUGCAGGCCUAGGCAAGGUGCCUCUUCAGAGGGCCUUUGAUUUGAUUGAUUAUCUUAGAAAUGAGAGCUAUACUGCACCCAUCACUGAAGCCCUGUUCCAGACUGACCUUAUCUAUAACCUUCUUGAGAAACUGGGGCAAAUUGAUCUGGCCUCAAGACUAGUGACCAGAGUAUUUAAAUUGCUUCAACACCAAAUUCAACAACAAACUUGGACUGAUGAGGGCCCCCCAUCUAUGCGAGAGCUUCGAUCAGUCUUGCUAGAAUUUGCUUGCACCCAUAGCCUGGAGAACUGUAGCACUGAAGCCAAGAAGCUCUUUGACGAUUGGAUGGUAUCCAAUGGAACUCAAAGCCUGCCUACUGAUGUCAUGACUACUGUGUUCAAAGCUGGAGCAAAAACWGAGGAAGGCUGGUUAUUCCUCUUAAGCAAGUACAAAUCUGUAGGCUCUGAAGCAGAGAAAAACAAAAUACUUGAAGCUCUUGCCAGCUCAAAGGAUGUAUGGAAACUUCACUGGUUAAUGAAAAGCAGCCUUGAUGGAGAUAUCAUCCGAACACAAAAGUUGUCAUUUAUCAUUAGAACAGUGGGCCGACGUUUUCCUGGACACUUAUUGGCAUGGGAUUUUGUCAAGGAGAACUGGAAUAAGCUUGUACAGAAGUUCCAUCUCGGGUCCUAUACCAUACAAAGUAUUGUUGCUGGAUCUACUCACCUGUUUUCAACGAAGGCACAUUUGUUUGAGGUCCAGGCAUUCUUUGAAAAUCAGUCGGAGGCAACGUUUCGGCUUCGUUGUGUCCAGGAGGCCUUGGAAGUCAUUCAGUUGAAUAUCCAAUGGAUGGAGAAGAAUCUCAAAAAUCUGUCUUGGUGGCUGUAGCAUGCACAACUGCACCUCGUUUUGUCACCCAUUUAGAGAGCUUGUGAAUUUGGGCUCUGUUGCUUCUGCCAAAGCCAAGGUGAAGCCAAGACUGUGGCAGAGUUGUUUGCACUGUUAAAAGUUCUAGUUAGCUCAGGGCCCAACUGUCUUUUCUGAAAUGUCUUUAGGCAGUAUGUAGUUAUUUAUUACAAAAUUAUAUUAAUCUGUAUGCCAACCAUCUACAAAAACAAUAAGUAAUUUUUCUACCUUGAAGAUAUAUGGGGGAAAAAUCAUUUUUGGAAUUCUAUCCUAUUUCUCAGUGUCCACGAAGUUAUUGAACCAGUCAAACAAGGAAAGGUCUGCUGUAAGACCCACCGUCUUUGCAUGCUGCUGGUUUGGCAGCCCUUUGUUGCUUCUUAUUUUCAAAUGCUAUCGAAAGGUGGCUCAGAGCUGGCCUUGAAGGGUAUGAUAAUGAAGAUGGUGACACAUGCAGCUGCAGAGAACUGA